CUAAGACCUCCCUUCCAUUUCAACCCAAACCCUUCUUCUUCUUCUUCUUCUUCACCCAGAGAAUCAAGAUGUCUUCAAAUCAAAAACCGAACGAGCACACUGCGAGGGCUGAGGAUUUCGAACGCAAAGCGGAGAAGAAGCUCGCCGGUUGGGGCCUCUUCAGCUCCAAAUACGAAGACGCCGCUGAACUCUUCGAUAAAGCUGCAAAUUCCUACAAGCUCGGCAAAGAAUGGGACAAAGCUGGAGCAGCUUUUGUGAAGUUGGCAAACUGUCACUUGAAGACUGAAAGCAAACAUGAAGCUGCCACAUCUUAUGUUGAUGCCGCACAUUGCUACAAGAAAAUACCUCUAUCUGUAAAUGAGGCCAUUUCUUGCUUACAGCAGGGUAUAAAUUUGCUUUGUGAUAUUGGAAGGCUUAAUAUGGCUGCAAGAUACUAUAAGGAAAUUGCCGAGUUAUAUGAAUCUGAACAAAAUAUAGAGAAGGCUAUUGACUUCUAUGAAAAAGCAGCUGACUUUUUCCAAAACGAAGAAGUAACAACUUCUGCCAACACGUGCAAGCUGAAAGUUGCUCAAUUUGCUGCUCAGAUCGAACAAUAUCCCAAGUCUAUUCAAAUAUUUGAGGAAAUUGCACGGCACUCGCUCAACAACAACUUGCUUAAGUAUGGGGUCAAAGGUCAUCUUCUUAAUGCUGGCAUAUGCCAACUCUGCAAAGGAGAUCCUGUUGCAAUCAGCAAUGCAUUAGAGAAAUAUGAGGAGUUGGAUCCAACUUUCUCAGGAACAAGGGAGUAUAGAUUCUUAAAGGAUAUUGCUGCUUCGCUUGAUGAAGAAGAUGUUGGAAAGUUCACUGAUGUGGUGAAGGAAUUUGAUAGCAUGACCGCACUGGAUUCUUGGAAGACCACAUUACUCUUGAGAGUGAAGGAAAAGCUGAAAGCCAAGGAGUUGGAGGACGAAGACCUGACCUAAACUAUUAGUAGUACAAGAUGUUGUGUGGUCCUCUUAUUGGUUUCCGAAGAUUGAAUUUCGUUGCACUGGAUUUGUAAUUCAGUGGCGCACUACUUUGACGAUGUGUAUUACUGUAGUAGAUUUGGUAUCUAAUCUGAGUGGAUAUGCACGUUUUC